UGAAGUUGAGAGAGCUGAACCGAAGAUUUCUAAAUGAACUGAGUGGUGUUGAUUUCUUCAAAAUCGUUGAUCAGACAAAGUUCAACUCCUGUUAUCAGUUGGGAUGGACUGGUUUGCCAAAGGUUUUGCUAUGCUGGAAAUUUAGUUCACAAAAGGUUUUGUAUGUUCUUGUCAACGAGACCGCAAGGAAGAUUCAUUCUACAGCCCGAGACGCCUCCAAAGAGGUCCCAUCCCGCCCUUCCUUGCUUUUGUCUUGUAGAACAAAAAUGGGGAGUUCUAAUGUUUGGCAAGAGCAAAGGAACUUUGUCAAGAGUUUGCAUGAGCAGGGGAUAUUGGACAGUCAUUUUGAUGAAAUCCUUGAUUUACCUAGAGAGAGCCCUCAGUUUGUGAUUGAUUUGGUCAGCACAUUCUGCAGUGAUGCUGAAAAUGCCAUAGCAGCAUUGAUCAGAUACUUAAAUGAACCUGAUAUCAACUAUUCCAGAGUUAUUGACCAAGUUCACCAGAUCAGAGGCGCUAGCUCUUGUAUUGGUGGCCAUAGGAUGGCCCUUGCUUGUCGUGAGCUCCGAUAUGCUUGUGAAGACAAGGACAAGGACAGGUGCCUUGCAGCUUUUGGCAAGACCAAGGAUGAAUAUCAAAUUUUGAAGGAGAAGUUCAAUAUCAUCUUGCAGAUGGAGAGAACUAUGAUUUCCGGUGAAUCUAAAAGAGGCCGACAAUAGAGUCCUGAAUUGUCUCUGCUGCUGUGUCAGCUGACUCGGUGGAAGACCAGAGUCUGCUUCUAUCUGCAAUGGGCAUGUAAAUAAAGAGUUACUGGAACUCGUAGUUCAGAUUGUUUUAGACUAUUAAUAUCUUUUGUUGAGUAUUACUAUUUGCCCAUUUAGCAUGUUUUUUUUAUAUUAGGUGGUUCAGGGUAGCAAAUAUAGGGAUGUAUGUUCGUUACUGUUGGGAUAUUGCCAUUUAGUGGCAAUACCCCACCACUAAUUGUGGCUUAGUGGAAGCAUCACUAAUGCCACAAUUAGUGGCAUGAUUUCGGGACCUAUUGUCCCCUUGCUAUUGCUGGAGAAAGUUGCCAAGAAUUGCCUAUAAAAGAGGCAUGUUUUGAGAGAGGGGUUAGAGAGAAAACGUGAGUGUGUGCAAGAGAGUGAAGAGAGAAAGAGAGAGCUGCAAUGGCUGCUGCCAUUGCAGCAGCUGUAAGAGCACCAAAGUGAGCUGGGAGUUGAGUGAUCCUCCUCCAUGUAUUUGUUGUAAUCCUUUCUCUAUAUAUCUCUAAUAAUAUGGACUCUCCCGUGGAUGUAGGCGGUUUUGCCGAACCACGUUAAA